CCACGAAAUACACGUUCCACAAUUGAUUUGAUUUGAUCCAAGUUCCCCUCUGCCGGUGAGGCGCAGCCAACAUGGGCCGGCUCUCUACCUGAGGGGAAGUCCAAAGGCUGAUGAACUGACCUGUGUCUGUGUGAGACCACACUGCUCUGCUGCCCUUUAUGCCCUGGGCACACAACAUCCAGCACAGAUCUGGUGACCGGCUGGCUGGAACACCACCCUCCUCCUUCUCCUUCUGAGGACAUCCCAUUCCAGGACCCCGUCACACGUCCCCCCAGCAUGGAGCCCACCAAAGUCCAGUCCGAGGGUGGCCUCAAUGUCACCCUCACCAUCCGCCUCCUCAUGCACGGAAAAGAGGUGGGAAGUAUAAUAGGAAAGAAAGGGGAAACAGUGAAAAAGAUGCGAGAAGAGAGCGGAGCACGGAUCAAUAUUUCCGAGGGCAACUGUCCAGAGAGGAUUGUCACCAUCACUGGACCAACAGACACCAUCUUCAAGGCUUUUGCCAUGAUUGCCUACAAAUUUGAGGAGGACAUAAUCAAUUCCAUGAGCAACAGCCCAGCAACCAGCAAGCCCCCCGUCACCUUAAGGCUUGUUGUGCCAGCCAGCCAGUGUGGCUCCCUCAUAGGGAAAGGAGGCUCCAAAAUAAAAGAAAUGAGAGAGUCCACAGGGGCCCAGGUCCAGGUGGCAGGGGACAUGCUGCCCAACUCCACAGAACGUGCUGUGACAAUCUCCGGGACCCCAGAAGCCAUCAUCCAGUGUGUCAAACAAAUCUGUGUGGUGAUGCUGGAGUCCCCACCAAAAGGUGCCACCAUCCCGUAUCGCCCAAAGCCGGCCUCCACCCCAGUCAUUUUUUCCGGUGGUCAGGCCUACACAAUUCAGGGACAGUACGCCAUACCACACCCAGAUCAGUUGACCAAGCUCCACCAGUUGGCUAUGCAGCAAACCCCCUUUACCCCCCUCGGACAGACCACCCCUGCUUUCCCUGGUUUGGAUGCCAGUCCACCGGCCAGCACCCAUGAACUCACCAUUCCUAAUGAUCUAAUAGGCUGCAUUAUUGGACGCCAGGGAACCAAAAUAAAUGAGAUUCGACAGAUGUCUGGGGCGCAGAUCAAAAUUGCAAACGCCAUGGAGGGCUCAUCUGAGCGCCAGAUCACCAUCACAGGGACGCCCGCUAACAUCAGCCUGGCCCAGUAUCUCAUCAAUGCAAGGCUGACGUCUGAAGUCACUGGAAUGGGCACACUCUAAUUUCUACCCACACCCCCCCACACACACCCCCCAGUGCAUCACAUGACCCCUGAGCUUAUGGCACAGCUGUGCCUGGUUUCUUUACUUCUACCCCCCGAUAUUUAAGUGACUUUUGAAAUCGUAUAGUUUCCAGUAUUUAUCUGUAAAGACGUGUAUCUGCACCUGCUGUAUCUGUUUCUGAAAGGUCACUUUGAUUUCUCACACGCCGCACCGCUUUGUUCCGCCUCAUGUUUUUACAUCACAUCACGUUUUUUCGCUCUGCCCUGCAGGCGCCUGAGAGGAUAUGCAAAGAUCGGGGUAACAUUUGAAACCGAGGUUAUCCCUCCUCCGUCACACUCUGACACGUUUUUUUUAGACCAGUACAGAGAUUCAACACAGAUGGUCAACAAGCCACGAUCAACCAGAUAUUUUGUAUUUCACACUGAUUUCACGAGUGAUGAAAUGGGUGUUUUACCGUGUGCCUGUAGACGUUUGCCUGUUUGACUCUUGUGCUGUAUCUGCACCGUAGAUUGAUCUGCAUGAUGUAUUUCACAUUCACUUUAAUAUUAAAUGUGUAGAAAACGGAGAGCGAGGGAUAUGGAACAAGCCAUGAACAGUCUGCAUAUGACCUGGACUGGUCCGGUGUGAUAUUACCGUACCUCCUGGGUAAAGGCCAGUAAACAUCCACUCUAAUGCACAAAUAUCAUUCUUUCCGAGUUUCGCGACACAAAGAUUAGAUGAAAAAAAAAACGACUGCAGCAAAGAGUGAAAUUCAAUUGCAUGUUAGUGAUUUUGCCGCAUUUUUAUUCACCUGUAUUCCACACACACGUACUGGUUUGUUACUUAUUUAUCUCUUAGCGACUAAGUAUCAGAUGCACGGUCUGGGAAUCAUCCAUGGAAUAUAUUUGCACUCAUAUUUAGCGAGUGCGGUUCCCAUAGUGCGUCCAAAGGGCUUAAGAGCUCCUGGGCAGCAAGACUCUCAUUAGUCAAUCACAUCUAUUUUUCAGCUCCUUCCUCGAAGAAGCUCAUUACAGUUUGGAAGUCAUCAAAUCCCUGCAGGUACUGGAGAGGUUGUGGGUUUUCUGUUUGGCAUGUAGAAAACAUACCUGCACUCGUUCUUGGCUUUGCAGGUAUUCUCUACAUAUAUAUAUAUAUGUACGACUCUCUGCAUUGGCCAUCCACUGUAAAGCCCGGGCCAUGCUGGGUGCGUGAGUGGAACGUCUUCUCAUUUCCGCGCCCAUGUUAUCGGGUUACAGAGGCCACACCCCCUGCGUGAGCCGCUCUUCUAGAGAGUCGGGGUCUCGCUUGUUUUCUCUGUGGGUCGCAGCCGAAUGGACGGUGAUGAAGGAUGUUUCACCACAGUCUACAUGUCACGAACAUAAGCAGCUCUACAGUCGCCCUGUCGCACUUCUGCAUGGUCAGAUGCCGACUCAAGAUCCAGUUCAACCUAAAGCUGAAUGUAUUUUAAAAUGUAUUUUAUCCACCAACAUUUACACACCGGAUUAAAAACAUCAGGUACUUACCGUUGAAUAUGAUACUGGUGGUGAUUUUAUCUAAAUGUGUUGAAUGUCAUGAGGUUGGGCAGCUUAGUACUUUUAGUACACUAGAUACAUACGGUGUUAUGUAACCUGUAACAUUUUAAAUAUGAAGCAUAAACUUACAGCAAGAGUUUCCUCUGUUUCAGGCUAUAAGAUGAAAUAGAAAUACAGUAUAUCUCCACUAACACUUCACAGUAAAACUCAACACGGCUGGGAUUUACUGAUUGCAGGUAUAACAGAUAUUUUUACUCCACAUUACCUAAACACACUUAUGCAUUUUGCUCCCCCCCCCCCAGCCUGGCUCAUUAUAACUCCAGCUCUAAUUAUAGAAAACAACAUCUGGGCAUCGCUGUUUGUGUCAUUGCGGUUUUACGCUCAGAUACUUGGCUUGUGAUUAGGUUUGAUUACACAUGAUGACUCUGUAAUGUGUCGUCGUUAAAACGAGGCUGCUUGUGCGACAGCGAUACGCUCACACAUCGCUCCACCUAUACAUUCACAUCACACACGUACCAAGUCGAUACGUGAGCACACAUCUGGCUGCAUCCAGAUGUGCUUGAGUUGAACAAACGGAGGAAUGGCUGAUUGAGGGUGCAAAGAUUUUUAAUAAAAAGGAAAAACUUCCCGUUAUCUACAGAGUCUGAUCAUUAAAUUAGUUUGCAGGUUCGAGGCGUCGGCCAGUUAAGGGAUCGUGACCCAUUUGCAAACAUCUCAGUUGCCUUUUUUGUUUUUUUAAUUUGUCAUACUUCGAUCUUUCACGUUCAUCUCAUCGUUCAUUUCCAUCCACCUCUCUUGUGUUGCUUCUGUAAUUUUAAGUGCUACAUUAAACUUUUUUUUUUGUUACUGUGCUUUAGAGCAGCAAAAAAUGUAAAGUUAGCACCGAGGUGAUAUAAAUAAUGCUGUUUGAAGAAAUGUGUCAGAUCAUGUUUACGCUUGAUCAUUUGCUUCAUGGAGAUCUGUAUUGGAUUUAUUAUUUAUCGAGGUUGACUCUGAAAUGUUUUGUAAAAAGGAGAGAAUAAAGUUUGUGUUUCUUUUCCCUUGA